UUGGAGGCCUCGGAUCUCGGGGCUCUGGAGACGGCGGAUCGAAGGCCGGUGUCCCGACAGACCGGCGUGUCGUGGGAGCCGGAACAUCUUUGGCCGUGUGCCCAGAGUCCUGAGACCUUCGGGCACAGAGCUCGGAAAAAGCGACACAACAGACUUUUAACAUUAUAAACCAGCGAGUUGUUUGUUAUGUCUUACCUCUCGCUGUGGAAUGGAGACAUUUCUUUCUCCCUUAUUAUGUCGAAUACCGGGUGAACGCCAAGUCUUGGGAGUACUGCACGUCCAGGGGCGGAUCCAUGGGAAGCUGAAGGAGGAGAACUUCUUUGGACCCAAGGAAGAAGUGAAACUGGAGACGCACAUCAAAGUUGCUGCAUCAGCGGCUGGGAGAGUAAUUGGCAAAGGAGGGAAAACUGUGAACGAGUUGCAGAAUCUAUCGAGCGCGGAGGUGGUGGUUCCCCGAGACCAGGUACCCGACGAGAAUGACCAAGUGGUUGUGAAGAUCAUCGGUCACUUCUACGCCAGUCAGCUCGCACAGAGGAAGAUCAGGGAAAUAUUGGCUCAAGUCAAACACCAACAGCAACAGAAAGUACAGAGCAGCCAAUGCCAGCCCCGAAGGAAAUGAAGGCAAGAGAACCUCCGAGAUACCUGCCAACAAUGGAGACAGAUGCCAGGCCAAAGUGUGGCUGCGUUCAGAUCAACUGUUUGUUCACCUUUAACACAGUGGAAGGCUAAGUAAAUAAGGUUACAAGGACAAUUGGGAAUAAUUUGAAACCCUCAGAAGAAAAUGUUCAACAGUGUAAAUCUAGAGUGGAGAGACUCAUUCUUUUUGCAGGGCCUGAGUCAAACGUGAUGGUUAGACGUUGGGAGAUUAGAGAAGUGGGCAGUUGUAGAGGGACACCUGCAUUAGAAAUCCCACUGUGAGUGGCAGUCCGUCGUUGCUACUGGUUAGCGGAAGAAUUACUACAUUUGGGACUCUGCCUUGUGUAGGCUCUGCUUUUAUUGAAGCUCCCUUCAACCUCCCUGGCCUCUUCUAAAACCUACCACCUUUGUAUCCUCUUGCCCGAGCACAGAUGUAGGAGAAAUUUCAAAGCUGACUCAAUCUAGGAAUGGAGAAGGGGUGCGAAUGGAGAGAAAUUCAGAUUCCAGCUGUAAGAUUGGCUAAGGCGUGUGGAGAGUCAGGAUACAAUCUUCUACUACGUUAAAUUAGACCCAAAGGUGGAAUUGUGAUGAGCAAAAUAUAUAUGGUUCUUCAUUCUCUCAGAUUGAAGUUUCCCAUUGGGAGUGUUGCUGUCUCUGAAAAUUGCAGAUGGAAUAUAAAAAAUGCAGGUCAGUUGGCAUCUGCAGAGUGGGAACUAGAGCUAACGUCUCACCAUUCAGUGGUUCUGACAAUGGGUCUUCAGCUGGACAUAUUAAGUCAAAUUCCUUCUUUCGCAGAUACUGCACAACCUCUUUAGUUCUUCCAACACUCUUUGUUUUUGCAUUUGAUUUCUUUACCAAGUGUCAAACCCACCAACUAUCCACAGCAUGCAUUCAUUUCCUGCUAGCAAAGUCCCUCACAGAACAUAGGAGAGUACAGCACGGGAACAGGCCCUUCAGUUCACAGUGUUAUGCUGAAACAGUUAAAUUAGUCUAACUAAUCUUUUCCUCCUUCGCAACGUCCAUAUCCUUCCAUUUUCUCACAUUCACGUACCUAUCUAAACGUCACUUAAAAGUCCCAAAGGUAUCUCUGCCUCUGCCAUCACUCUAGGCAGCUCAUUGCAGGCACCCGCCACUCUCUAUGUAAAAACAAUUUGCCCCUCACAUCUCCUUUGAACCUACCCCCCCUCACCUUCAACACAUGCCCUCUGGUAUUAGACAUUUCUACCCUGGGAAAAAGAUUCUCCCUGUCCACUCUAUCUGUGCCUCUCUUAACCUUAUAAACCUCUAUCAGAUCUCCUCUCAGCCUUCCAUGCAGUUAAUCAUUCUAGAAAAUAGAAUUAAGAGACCCAAUGUUGAAUUAACUUGAGUGUCUUUAUUCAGAGUAGCAUUCUAAUGUGUUUUGUAGAAUCUAAACAAGAGAUGAAAAUGGAUUAAAAACACCCUUAGAGCAGGGUUUCCCAACCUGUUUUAUGCCAUGGACUAAUGCCAUUAAGCAAGGGGUCCAUGGAGCCCAGGUUGGGAGCCGCUGACCUAGAGCUAGGGAUCUGUUCACACAUAAAGCGCUGGAGGAACUCAACAGGUCAGGCAGCGUCUCUGAAAGUGAGUAAAUAGUCGACAUUUCAUCAAGACUGGUGAAGGGUCUCGGCCCAAAUCAUCGACCGUUUAUUUCUCUCCAUAGAUUUUUUAAAGAUUUAUUUAGAGAUCCUUGCUUCUUCCCCCCUUCCUUUCCAGCAUUUUGUUUGUGUGUGUUGCCCUGGAGUUCAGCAGAAUCUCCUGUUCGGUAGGUUACAGUUUGGAGUGUGACGUAGAGGAAAAUGAGGAGGCAGAUAAGUGUUGACAGCAAUGGCCCUGGAAGUGCGCACGAUCCCCAGGAUGCAGUGCAGGAACGCCCAAGUGUGAGGAAUAAAAUUCCAUAGAGUCAUAGAAAAGUGCAGCACAGAAACAGGCCCUUCAGCCCAUCUAGUUCAUACCAAACCGUUUAAACUGCCUGGUCCCAAUGACCUGCAACUGGACCAGAGCUCUCCAUACCGCUCCCAUCCAUGUACCUAUCCAAACUUCUCUUAAACGGUGCAGUCGAGCUCGCACGCUGGCAGCUCGUUCCACACUCUCACAACCCUCUGAGUCCAGAAGUUUCCCCUCAUGCUCCCCUUAAACUUCUCACCUUUCACCCAAGUUUGUGUUUCGAUUUUCUUUUAAUUUGGUGCCAACGGCUGGAUAUUUGGCACCAGGGUAGUGUAGCAGUUAGUGCAACACUAUUACGUCUCGGGGCAUCGAGGUUGGAAGUUCAAUUCCAGCACCAUCUGUAAGGAACUUGUAUGUUCUCCCUGUGACCGUGUGGCUUUUCUCCCUCAGUCCAAAGACGUAGCAGUUAGUAGGUUAAUUGGUCAUUGUAAAUUGUCUGUGUUACAUAGGUAGGUUGCUGGGCAGGGCGGCUUGUUGGGCUGGAAGGGCAUGUUCCUCACUGUAUCUCUAAAUUAAAUAAAAAUAAAAUACAAUAAAUAUUUGAGGUUGUCCAUAAUGGUAACAUUUCUCCUUAAUUUACAGGAAAGCUCGGUGGGUUAGAGAGCGAGUGUGGGGGCUUUGGAUAGUUUGGGAACAGUUGUUGAACCAGUCUCUACAGUUAGCUGUCUCCUGUAAGCAGCAUGCUUAGGGCUGGGCUUCCCAACCUUUUUUAUGCUAUGGACCCCCCUACCAUUAACUGCGGGGUCUGUGGGCCUUAGACUUCAGUAGAAGCAGCGAUGAGCUGUUACUGAUUUCAUCCAAACACACGCCCACACGGAAAGCCUAAAAUACCAUGAUUUUAUCCGCAAGAUGAAUUUUUCGCCUCAGUGGAUCAAAACAUGCAAUGCUUAUGAAUACUUUGCAAGUACAAUGAUUGCUCCACAACUCAGAGUUUGAGAAUUGCUGAUUGGUAUAAUGUACCCAUUGAGACCGUGGGCCAACCAAUAAGGUGACCAUUCAAUACUGCGCACCAAUGGAAUGCAUGCAUCGUUGCUCUAAAUAGUGUACCAGUUGAUACAUUGCACCAAUCAAUGCAUUGCACAAUACAUUCUACCAAUCAGUGCAAACACAUUACACCAAUCAGUGCAUUGCACAAUACAUUCUACCAAUCAGUGCAAACACAUUACACCAAUCAGUGCAUUGCCUUCUUUCUCUUCUUCCAACAACCUCUUCACUGGAAGCCAUGAAAGAGUGUCAGAGGCACUGAGGACCAUGUAUAACUUAACUGAGAUGAAGUAAUUCUUGAUUAUUACUUUGCAUUUGAUUCAGCCUUCCACAGUGUUAAAACUCUAGAAAACUAUGUAUUCUUGCCAAAUAUUAAAUGAACUGUGAUGAUUGAUGAGAUAAUGCCAACCACGUGUGGUAUUAGCUUAAAAUUUAUUCUGCUUUCUUGAAUGAAGAACUUAACGAACAAUUUUAAUUUGGGUGGCUGUUUGUUCCCACAGACGCAUCGCCCAAAGUGCUGUCGUCUCCUGCCAAAGAUUGCAAUCGCAACCUCAUAGUGUGGGACACAAAU